GACUGUGGGAAAGGAGUGUGCCAUCGGAGGCAGAAGAGGAAUCUCUGUCUGUCUGUGUCCAUGUCUCUGCUCUGUUCCCGGCUUCAUUCCCACAAAGACGGUCAGUGUCCUGCCUGCUGUUCUACCUCUGGAUUUAAGUCGGCUGGAUUACCGCUCGGACUCUCAGCUCAUUAUUCCAUGCUGCCACAUUUAAAUGGGAGGCAAAGUUGGACCUCCAUGGACUACACAAAUGGUGACAAACAGUUUGUUUUUUCUCGUGCUUUUAAGAGCUUCCUAGCAUUCAAAAUGAUUUCACUUUUCUUCAGUAAAAGUGUUUUUAUAUGUAAAAUAAUUUGAGCUCCUUCUCUUUGGUAUUGUCUAGGUUAGUUAUUUUGCAAUAUAAUACUUUUGAUGUGAAAGAUGAGUGGGGAAGAGGGGUAGAAAAAUGUCUCCAUUUCACCUUUUUUAAAAGUCAGUCUAACCUUGGUCUUUCUGUUAUUUUUGAAACUGAAAAUGUGACUGUGGCACUUUUUUGCAUGCUCUGUUAGUGUCAGAUUUUUUUUUUGGUCAGAGUGGAGGCUUUACAUUGGACUGCAGGUGAACUUGAAUCUCUUCCUGUUCCUGCCUCCACAAGGGAACCCUCAAACUAAACUCUUCCCUGUUAACCCACUUAAACGCCCGAUCUCCCCUGUGGGGGCUUCUCUAAAUCGUCCGUCCUACUCUAGUUUUUUGAGGAAAGCAAAAGCCAAACUAGUAAAGGGGGUACUGGGAAAGAAGACACCCCCCUCCCAAAGGUGAGAGGGGGGGAAGAUGGCAGCUCUCGCCAGCUCUCUCAUCAGACAGAAACGGGCGGUCAAGGACGACCAAGCCAACCGACCGGUAGCCAACAAGCGCAAGCCCUGUCCUAAGAGCAACAAGUCCUUGUGCCAGAAACAGAUCCUGGUUCUGAUCUCUAAAGUACGACUAUGCGGGGGUCGAAAAGGUCGAAACGAGAAAAGACCGGAGCCACAGCUGAAGGGCAUUGUUACCCGGCUAUACAGCCAACAUGGAUACUACCUGCAGAUGCAGCCUGACGGCACCAUGGACAGCACAAGGGAUGAAAGCAGCUCAUUUUCACAGUUCAACUUAAUUCCGGUGGGACUGCGGAUUGUGGCAAUCCAGGGAGCAAAGACAGGGUUAUACCUUGCCAUGAAUAGUGAAGGAUACCUCUAUACCUCGGAGCAUUUCACUCCGGAGUGUAAGUUCAAGGAGAGUGUGUUUGAGAACUACUACGUUACAUACUCCUCCAUGCUCUAUCGUCAGACCCAGUCUGGCCGCUCCUGGUAUAUCGGUAUCAACCGUGACGGCCAGAUCAUGAAGGGCAACCGGGUAAAGAAGACCAAAGGAGCUGCACACUUCCUGCCUAAAGUUAUAGAGGUUGCGAUGUAUAAGGAGCCAUCGCUACAUGAGCUCGCCAGUGAACCAGUAAGUCCUCCUCGGAAGACAGUGAAGACGUCAGAUUCGCCGUCCCUAAAGAAUGGACGGAAAGAAGCUCCUAAGGCUGAUGCCUCAUAGCACAGGAGACUGAGGGUGGGACAAAGGGCAGCAGUGACACUGGGAACACAGUCGCCCAUUACGCACUGAGGGUGGCUGAGGGAAUGGCCCACACUGGCCACCACAUUCUAGAAGUGCACUACAAGAUGCUGAGGGAUAUAAGAGUCAGCAGUACAUCAGCAGCCGAGAAGGCCUGAGAGAAGAGUCCCCCCCCCCACCUGUCACCACAGAAAGAAAGCCCAGGGCCAUAGCAAGAACUACUACCACCUCCCCCUUCCACUGUUUGCCUCUUUCUCUGCCCCCUGUGACUCCCUAACGCACAGUCUCCUUCGUUUCUCUGUCACGCUGAAGCUUCUUUGUCCCACCGACAAUUCCAUCUUUUCUCACAUGCCUACCCACCGUCUGCUUUAUUGUACUGUAUAUUCACUACGCGCGCAUUUCCAGCGCUGACUCUGCAUCAUAAUCCUCACCCGUGGGCCCCCUCUUGAGCCCUAAAGUUGGUGACAGUGUGGCUCAGCCAGCUUUUCCACCCACCAUCUGCCCACCAGCUAAGCUAAUCACCAAGGUCAACUCAAGUUCAAAGUGAGAUGAAACGGGGCAGAGAGGAAAGAUCAGCAGGAAUCCUGGGUCAGGUCAGGUCAGCUGAGCAAGAUGAGUGUUUGAGAAGGUGUGUGGACAAAAUAACAGCUGCAUUAAAGAACUUUUUUGUGUGAAUAAUUUAGACCAAUCCUGUGAUAACAGUGUGGAAACAAUGUAAAAGAUGAGUAUGAUGAUGAUAGAGACGAUUAUAAUAGGAAGUUUAUGAAGCUCACUAGAGAGGCACUGCUUGCAUGAGUAAUAAUAUGAAAAAAUAAAUAAAUAAAACAACUAUUCUUCCUGGGAAGGUGAGCCAUAAAAUAGUGGAGUUUUUCAACUCCUUGUGGAUAUAGUAAAAACGCCUGAGCAAUAUUUGUACCAGCAAGCCAGAAGAUAAUUCUCAGUGAAGACAAAAACAAAAAAACAACUGUGUGAAUGAGUGAGAGAGUGAACGGCACCCUCUUUCCAGCCUCUCUUCUCAACCAGGUGACCACUUUUUAUAUUGCACUAGCUUGUUAAAAGGCUACAAAUGAACAACUGGGUCGCGUUUUAAAUCCAGAGUGGAUCUGAACUCAGUCACCUGAAAAAGGAACCGUAGUGUGUACUUCACUCAGCAUCUGCUGUCAGCAUAAAGCCAGGUUUGAAGCAAACAUCAAAGCAAGAGGAGCCUCUGAGCUGGAGCACUUGUUAUUCUGAGGAUGUCUGGCAGCUUAUCCACUCGCUAGCUUUAUCAAAUCACCUUGGAAGAAUCACCCUCAAAAAAUGUAGUUGUCUGAAUGAAAGUCUUGAUGUGAUUGUGUUUUAACCCCUGUGUGUGGAUCUUCUGCAGUGUGGAUGCACUGUAAGAGAUCUCUGUGUGAAUGAGUGCCCGUACAGAGGAUAGACAGAGAUACUGUGGGUAACCUUUAUCAUGUCCUUCAGACAGGACACAACAUUGUGUCUUUGAUAUGUCUGUCAAACGGUGAUACAAGGUGAACAACCGUCUUAUGUACCAUUUACCAUCAAAAAAUCAGGGAAGGGGUAAACUGGGCAAACUCAUGGGGACUGACUCAUGAGUAUAUUUCGUUUAUGUGCAAUCAACUAAUGUUAAGAUAUGCACAGGGUCUUUUUUUAGAACAAUUAUGCAAUGACCUGAUAGAAGUUGAGGCUUCUAAAUGGGAGCUGUCAGGGUAUUGCUUGUUGUCAUGUCAAUGAUGGCUGCUGUAGGGUGCUGUCUGAUCUGGUAACGCGCAGAGUGAAAAAAAUGUCACCGCAAUGUUCAGUCAAAGCGAAUGUGCAAGGAUACCACCAACAAACACAGACAGCAGUAAGUCCCUUGCUAUGUCAGAAAGAGCGACGCUGGAUGUGGAAGGCAAACUGUAAAAAAUACUCAUUAUAUGGUCGCUAAAAAUCACAGAUAAUCUCUAGGGGGUUCAAAGCACUGGGAUGGUGUCUAAUUUUAUGGGUAGCAUAAUGUGAAGGAGGGUUACAGAAUGUGAAACAGAGGCUUUAUGAAUGUGCUGCAUUGAGGCUGAGAGUAAGUCUGAAAUAGGGUGAUGAAUUGUAAAGAGGUCAGCGCAUGGAGGCUGUUAUUUAGAAAGAGUGAAGGAUUAGCAGGUGUAUUCUUGAGGAAUGUUGAUAAGGAAUUUCUGCAGUAAAGUAAGCAAAAUACUUGGCAGGGUUUUAUGCGGCAUGUGGAUAUGAUAAUUAUUGUAAGACAAAGAGGCAUGUAAGGCACUGCGCGCUAUUUAUGACAGGGAGUCUAUGGAGGGAAUUACUUGGAGCUUUGCAUUUUUUUCAUUAAGUCUUUAAUUUUCUGGGCUUUUCCAGGGGGGACAUCAUUCACUUUACAUUUGGAUAUUUUGUCCUUAUAGCAGAUUUUUCUAAAUGAAAUCUCCAUUUUUUCUUUACUGUACAAGCCAAUGCUCUCUCUCUCUGGUGAAUUUGGCACAGCCUAGCAUGGUGUCUAACUGUGCAUUACUAACUGCUGUAUGAUAUCAAAGUGUGUGAACAGCAGGUAGUACACAAUGCUAUGGGCUUAUUUUAGCUGUCAGGACUCAUACAGUUUUUGUGUAUUCCAUCUGGGAGCUUCUUCAUGCCAGUUCACAUUUCGAAGUUGAUGGUAAGUCCCGUUCUAUAAAAGGAAAGCACUUGGAGGUGCAAAGCAGUGAGUGGCUGACAGCGAGGAACCCUGCAUGCCAAAUGAGACAUGUUCAAAUGUCUUAUUUUGUCCAACUGAAAGUCCAAACAAUUAGUUUACAUGAUAUAAAACAGAGAAAAGUCUAAUCAAAUCAACCCAUUCCUGGUGCUAGAACCAGCCAUAUUUUGGGACACUUUUGCUUGAAAAAUGACAAAAACGAUUUUUGAAAUAGUUUCUGAUUCAUUUUCCAUUGGCUAAUUGUUGCAGCAGAAAGUAAGCAGAUUUAGAAUUAAACCUCACCAUGACUUUACUCAUGCCCCUUCUUAUGUUAAACAUAUAAUCCAAAGAUCCAAUUGCUCCACAGAUUUCUUUCCCAAAAAGCGAGCAGUCCUUACUAUUGUAAUAGCAAAGAACGCCACAGCAAGUUGUCCGACGGUGAUACUGCAAGUAGACACACAAGAACAGAGCAUGUAUAGAAGACUGAUGUUGAAUGUGACGUGAACAAAGUAGAAUGUAAGACAGGAAGAUUAAAACACGAUGAAUGUGAAGUAAAGGAUGUCGAGAGGUUCAGAGACGAGUAAGUGCAAUGAAGGCAACAGAAGGUCAGACGCUGGUCAGGAUCUUGAAUGUAAAAUUUCUGUAAAAGGAAGGUUGUGUAAAGUCGAUAGAAAAAGCUAGCCGUAGAGUAGAAGAGAUAUUAAGAGGGUCUGUGAUUUGAAGAAUUCAGACAGUGUUCUGUUUUUCCUUUGACGAUACAUUUAUUUUGCAAAGCUAACAACGAGGUGGUAAAAUGGAAAAUGAAAAUACCGAUAUAGUUUUUGUGCCCACGCAUGAGAGAUUUAAAGUCGUAAUCCCUUUCCUACACACCUCCUUAACCGCAGCCUACAGUAUCUACAGCCCAUUAACUUUCUUUUCAACACUAUGUUGCCUGUGUAGGUGUAUACUUACAGUGUGUUUAUUCGGUCUGUGUUUCUGUGUGUGUGUGUGUGUGUGUGUGUGUGUGUGUGUGUGUGUGUGUGUGUGUGUGUGUGUGUGUGUGUGUGUGUGUGUGUGUGUGUAUCUAUGAUUAAGAGUAAGGUAAGACAAGACAGAGAGGCAAGGAGAAAAAGAAAGGGCACGAGAUUGAAACAAUGAUCGAUAGACUCAAUAAAACACAAACGAGAGAACAGCCACCCUGCGAUGGGUGCAAAAAUUUCCCCAAGGUCUGCCAGAGACAGCAAAAUCCAUUUGUUCAUAAUGAACUCAGAGGACUGUUGUUUGAUUCCUACCUGUGAACUCAGUUAGACGACAACAGAGGGAGGAGUUUUUUCUCAGGGCCUCUACACUGGGCCUGACAAACACUUUCCUCUUGUUUGAAACAGUGGGAGCGUCAGCAGCCAUACCAUGCACCAUCAUUUGAGACACAUAUCUGCUAAAAAAACAUAAACCAUGUCCCUAAACCUGGCCUUCUAAAAGCCACUGGAGAACUGGAGGCACGUUAAACCUUUCAAGCACUGGGCAUUGCUUGAAAAAUUUUAAAGUUUGUCUUAGGAGGUUCUUAAGAGAUUAUAGCAAACAAACAAACAAAGAAACAGGGAAUCCCUCUACUUUAUCACGAGUUAGUGGGGAAAAAGAGGCAAUAAUGAUAUUAUACUGCAGCUAAGUCACCACCGGUGUUAGGGUUAGUGCAGUGCAGGGCAGAUUUAAUGCUUUUGUUGCACAGUACAACAACUACCAACCUCCAGGGAUAUUUUUGGAACAAACCUUGGUAACAUUUGAUUUGAACUGAAGAACCAACAAGGCAUUUUAAUCACAUUCAUUAAUUAGGGAGUACAGUAUAACAAUACUAUUUUCUGUUAAAUUAAUGUGUGCAACAUGAGACCAUUGCGAGCUAUGCAUCUUUUGAUUUUAAGAUUUUAUAAAGUCUGUACUCGGGAUUGUGUUGUUGUCUUUUUGUAAUCAAGGUGUUUAAAAUGUAGAAAUUUCAAAUGAUGCUCUGGUCCUUUGGUGAAUUACCAAAAAAACAGAAUGAUCCAACUUUAAAUAAGACCCUCUGAUCAAACAGAAACUCAUCACUGUCCAAAAUCACCAUUCAUUCUAGCGUUAUAUUCUCAUAUGCUGCAUGUAUUUGCAGUCUGCGUCAAUAUAUUGCCCCCAGAUACUGCUGUGCCAAGUUGCCGACAUGUUCUAACCGGUAUGCAUACUGAAAUGUGUACCGUGCAGUUUGUCAAUUUAUGGGUAAAAUCUGUGUAUAACUGGCUCCCUCUAAUGGAAGCACUUGGUUUCUUAAAGACUGUUAAUGAUGGGCAUAAACAAACACUGUCUGGUUUGUAGGCAUCAUUUCUAAACAUCAAUCCAAUCACACUUGAAGCGGUUUUACUGGGCUGCGAUAUAAUAGUCCCAUUUUCACACAGAAUGUAACAGAGUAGUGCUUCACUCUUUUAUUUACUGCAAUUUAUGAUGAGGUUCGGUUGUUUAUAUCAUGCUGUAAUGUGAUGAUAACACAUGCAUGAUGGCUUCCAAAUGUGGUUACGAUGCCCUGUUAUCGAUUAUGUGCAACACUUCCAAAUACAAUAGCUCUUACACUCGAUUGGUGCUUCCCUAUUGAAUUAUUUUAAUGUGUCACAACUAAUUUGUACACUACAGAAUUCCGUACAGAAGAAUUUUAUCCAGUCAAUAUAUAACAAUGAAUUGACUAAACAAAACAAUGCUUAGCAUCAUAAAGUAUUUCUGUUGGGAUUAGAAACUAUAUAUCUAAUGUUUUGGGACAGUUUGUGGCAACUAAAUUACACAAACCCCAUUAAAAAUAAAAUCUAAACCAUUCCUUAAAUUAUAAUACAAAAUGUAUGUGUGCCACACUCACUGUUCCUCUGUAUUAAAUAUUGAAAGCCGAGAUUGAUACACCAAAAAGGUUGAGCCUUGGCUGCAACACUGUGUUUAAAUAUUCCUAAUUAAUUAAGCAUUCGUAUUAAAUGCCACAAGCCAGAAGAAGCCAUUUAUUUUGUCCUGACUAUUUUUUGCUGCAGCAGCAUCAUAUUUAUCCUCUUUAAGUGAGUGGCAUCUUUGAGCAAUGCUAAAAAUGUGCAGGAUGUAAAAUUUCUCUCUAUAACGUAGCAGCAUGCUUCCAGACCACAAAACCUGUCUGGAUGGCCUAAAUGUACGGAUCGCUGCCAGUUUACAUGUACGUUCUGUUAAUAAUACAAAUAGUGUAUAUCUGAUUUUCUAUGUCAGGUCUAGUUUUUUUUCAGAUGUGUACUUAAAUAGUUGGUGUUGACAAAUUAUUAUUAUUUUUUUAUUGUCUUUCAGUUGUUCUACAUUGUCAUGUUUCCUUUCUAAUGCAAACUCCUGAAAUGGAGGAAGAGUUAUUGUUGUUCUCCCUAUUUGAUGUAUUUUUGUCUUUGGUCUGCACUGUUGUAUCCACACUGAUGUGUCUCCCUGAGUGAACUUCAGCCAAACUGAGUCCCACUGUGCGACUGAGUUGUGUGUUUGUGAAAGAUGCAAUGUAUUCAAGCGAAAACAGCAGGGUAACAACUCCUAAAGCCAACAUGUGUCCUGUCACAGACAGCAUUGACCUUGCUGGUCUCAGAGUUACGGUCACGCAAGUCUUCCAGAAAGUACCCACAACCUCUCUCUCCUACUCUUAUGGACUCUUCUUGGUUUUAACUCCAAUCUACUUGUCUUCCGAAAAACUGACAAUGAAAAAAAAUUUAAAAAGAACAAAAUAAAAAAAAGCCAUAAAUAAAAAUGGGCCUUGGCACUGAUUAGCCACAGAGAGAAGGCCUGAAUCCUCAGACACCUUCUAAGUGUUACCAGGGAUUUAGACACACGUUGGACUCUUACAAUGAGAGCCAAAGCAAGCGGCAGGAAUGCACUGGCUUUUUAUGACCACUUUGGGAAACAGCAAACAGGAAUAAAGACCAGCAAUAUGCAACGAGAACUACCAGCCUGCACUCAAGGAAGGGGAAAAAAAUUCAACAGGCUAACAAACUACAAUCAGGAACUGCAGGCUACAAAGGCAACCAGUGGUCUGCAAUAAUAACUGCUAAUUGUCGAGACUGACAUGGGAUUUUUUUUGCAAAGCAUGCAUACGUCACUGUUCUUUGGCUCAUUAGGGAUGACUCCCUCUCAGCAUCUGCAGACACAAGCCCUCGAUUCACCCUCUCUCCAUGUUUGCCAUCAGACCUGUGUACAUUUCUACAAUAACUCCUACAUGAAUUGAAAGGAGAUGUCUUAUUCUGGAAUAUUAUUCAAUAAAAUAACAUAUAUUUGUAUGAUUGUAAGCAGUGCC